AUGGACUCUCGACUUUUAUCGAUUCUCUUUGCAGUUGCUUCAAUAAGCGUUGUUACUGGCUACGAUGAUGGUCGGUUUCGGUAUCAGGUUGCCAUAUACUCUGAUUCUUUCAUUUGUGGUGGUGCACUCAUUAAGCCUGACAUCGUAUUAACUUCGGCUCAUUGCGUCAAAGACGCCAAAAAUCCACCAAAAAAAGUAUAUGCUGGAGUAAUGGAUCUAAAUGAUCCUGAAUUUGCUUUUUCUGUUCAAUGGAAAUUAAUUAAAGAGAUUUACGCACAUGCAAAAUACCAGAGCAACGAAAACGAAACGUAUCCUAUAAAUGACAUCGCUUUGUUGAAAUUGGAAAGUGCCUUAGAGUUGAAUGACUAUGUGAACACAAUAAAAUUACCUAAGCGGGGAGAAGACUUUCACAAUAAAACCGCUGUCGUGGCUGGUUAUGGCUGGGACUCGUUGGAAAUAACCACGAACUCUGAAGGAAAACCAGUGCGACAUGGGGCAUCUAGUCUAUAUUUAAGAUUCGCUAAAGUGACAGUUACUGCGUCAUUAGAAGGUUUUCCCAGUACGAUUCUUGGUGGUCAAGUGGAGCAAACUCCUGGCUCAAAGAAUGGUGCUUGUGAUGGCGAUCACGGUAGUCCUCUGGUUGUUGAUGGUGACAAAGUCAUUGGAGUUUUAAGUUCUACUCCAUUUGAUUGUGAUGAGACACGUCGUCCUUCCUAUUACACCAAAGUCUCGGAAUACUUGGACUUUAUUCAAAAAAGUACAGACGGUAAAUCCGUGAAGGAAAAAACCGAAUAA